AGUGGCGGGAGCUGUCAAGCCCGCAGCAGCCGAACCAGCCCCCGAGCGUCCGCGUCUCCUCUUCUUCCUUUGUGUGUGCGCGAGCGGAGUUGGGGCGGAGGGAGAAGGGGGAGGUCGCUCUGUCUGUCCGUCUCCCGCCGCCUCUGCCCGGUCUACUCGAAGUGCGGCGGGAGAGGCGGGAGCCCAGGAGAGGGUGCGGGAGCUGGCGGGGCGGCUCGGGGCUGCCAGGACGCCCUGGUCCCAGCCGCGCACAGGGGAGCGCGGACGGCAGAGGGACUCGGCGGGAGCCGAGAUCCGCCCGUCCCGCCUGCCCCUCGGCCUCCCUCUGCUCCCACCUACCCCCUGACACCCGGAGAAAAGCGUGCAAAGGCGCGGAGCGGGACGGAAACCACAAAUAAAUAGCGGCGGCGGCAGCGCGUCAUCUGGUGGAGCAGGAAGUGCAGGCAGAGUCCGGAGGCUGGUGCUUUCUGCGCGUCCCCAGGACUUUGCCAUGGGCUGGGGGCCGCGGAGGCUGCGAGCAGCCGGGCGAGGGCAGCGGCAGCGGCGGCGGCGCCCGCACCGGGGCUGAGCGAGCAGCGACGUGAGGGGCGCGCGGAGAUGGCAGCGUCCAGCAACUCCAGUCUGUCCGGCUCCUCGGUGUCCUCCGUCUAUUCUGAACCCAGAAGCCAGAGGGAGCUUCCAAAAUAUGCUGAAGAAUACCAGCCUCCAAUAUGGAAAUCAUACUUAUAUCAGUUACAGCAAGAGGCACCUCGUCCCAAGAGAAUCAUUUGUCCUCGGGAGGUGGAAAACAGACCAAAAUAUUAUGGAAGAGAGUUUCACGGGAUCAUCUCCCGGGAGCAGGCGGAUGAGCUUCUUGGAGGCGUGGAGGGUGCCUACAUCCUUAGAGAAAGCCAGCGGCAACCAGGAUGCUACACGCUGGCUCUCAGGUUUGGAAACCAGACCUUAAACUACAGGCUCUUCCACGAUGGCAAACACUUUGUGGGUGAGAAGAGGUUUGAGUCGAUUCACGAUCUGGUGACAGAUGGCUUGAUAACACUGUACAUAGAAACAAAAGCUGCCGAGUACAUUUCAAAAAUGACAACUAACCCCAUCUAUGAACACAUUGGAUAUGCCACCCUACUCAGAGAAAAAGUAUCCAGAAGGCUGAGCAGGUCUAAAAAUGAACCAAGAAAAACAAACGUCACACACGACGAACACACGGCGGUGGAAAAGAUCUCCUCCCUGGUUCGAAGGGCAGCCCUCACACACAACGACAACCACUUCAACUAUGAGAAGACACACAACUUUAAGGUCCACACAUUUCGAGGCCCACAUUGGUGUGAAUAUUGUGCCAAUUUCAUGUGGGGGCUCAUCGCCCAAGGGGUCCGGUGCUCAGACUGUGGAUUGAACGUACACAAACAGUGUUCCAAGCACGUUCCCAAUGACUGCCAACCUGAUCUCAAGAGGAUCAAGAAAGUGUACUGUUGUGACCUCACAACACUUGUGAAGGCCCACAACACUCAGAGACCCAUGGUGGUGGACAUAUGCAUUCGGGAAAUUGAAGCAAGAGGAUUAAAAUCGGAAGGCCUUUACAGAGUCUCUGGGUUCACUGAACACAUUGAAGAUGUCAAAAUGGCAUUUGACAGAGAUGGUGAAAAGGCCGAUAUAUCUGCCAAUGUCUAUCCAGACAUAAACAUCAUCACUGGAGCCCUUAAACUGUAUUUCAGAGACUUACCCAUCCCUGUCAUCACAUAUGAUACCUACUCCAAAUUUAUAGAUGCAGCAAAAAUCUCCAAUGCAGAUGAGAGGCUGGAAGCCGUCCAUGAAGUGCUGAUGCUGCUGCCUCCUGCCCACUAUGAAACCCUCCGGUACCUAAUGAUCCACCUCAAAAAGGUUACUAUGAAUGAAAAAGAUAAUUUCAUGAAUGCAGAAAAUCUGGGGAUCGUGUUUGGGCCCACUCUGAUGAGGCCCCCUGAGGACAGCACCCUUACCACCCUGCACGAUAUGCGGUACCAAAAGCUGAUUGUGCAGAUUUUAAUAGAAAAUGAAGACGUUUUAUUCUAAUCCAUCAGGGAAAUGAGCUGAAUGGCCCCAGCCCCAUCCAAGUUGACAAAGCUAAAGGAAUAAAAACAUUUCUUACCACUUGAUUUGUUUUCCAAGCAAGUGCUAGAAUUUGCUGGACCGCAGAGGAUUGCCGAGUAGGGUACUGUGUCUCAUAGACAUGCGCCACCUCCACGUGAAAACAAGGGUGAAGGUGGGGGAAGCCCCUCACCUUGGGUCUUUUGCUGUGCCUCCUAUGUAUGUCUGGUUGGCUGGAAGAGUGAUUAAUACAUCUUUAAUUUAUUAAAAAACGAUGUAGACCUUUAAACUUCAGUCUUAUUGGUAAUAAAAGGGAACUUAAUUCAUAAAGGUACUUGAUACAGUUAUACAUUUUCCACUUAGAAAAAGAAGACAAUUCUGUUAAAUGUUAAAUGAAACCUAUAUCGUAAAAUGUAUUUUUAUUUUAGCCACAAGAAUGUUAUUUUUAGCAAAUAGAACUCAAUGCAGUGCAUUGGUUAUUACCCUGUGUACCUUGUCCCUCAUUUUGCUGUGACACCCUGAAAAAGUUGACCACGAAUGCAGUAUUAUCUUGACAUACCUCUGUCCUCCUCAGUGCUUUUCAAUGAAAUUUCACCUGCCCCUUGUGUUCCUGCUUUUGAUAGUUUUUGCUCUUAAGCACUGGCAUUCUUCUAUUGUAUGGUAUAUAUUUAUAGCAAUUGUAGGAUGGUCUGAAAUGUCCACAAACUUUCUAUUCAUACAAAUUUUGUGAAUUCCCAAAGUAUGCUUUGGAAUUGGUCAUAGUCUUUUCGUAUCAUGAGUGUGUAUCCCAGAAGAUACAGAAUGCGGUCAUUUUACCUGAAAUUAUUUGAGAACACUGGAUGUAUCUGGUCUGUGUAAAAAGUUAACACUUUCCCUCUUUUCUUCCCGGCCAAGCCCUCUGAAUUCAUCUGUUAAUAUCGAAUUGUAUUUUUGCCACAUUUCUGUAUUGGUGAAAAGCGAAUCUGCAGAAUAAUUGUCAAUGUUUUUCAUUUUUGUUUUACAAACCUAUUUUUUAAAGUGAGAAUAAGGUUGGUUUUUACCAAAUAUUUGUUCCUCCUUGACAAAAGUAGCUCUGUGUGGAUAAUAUGAUUUUAUUACUACAGUUCUAUUCACUUGGUUAUAUUUAUCUUAGCAUGAGCCUUUCACAUCAAGAUUUCUAUAUUUUGUAACAUAGGUGAAACAUUUAAAACAUCAAAAACUGUAAAUCUAGAUUUUUAAAAAAUCCAACUACAAUGUCUUUUCCUUUGAUUGAGAUGAUUUGUGUAAACUCACCAGUCUUGCUUUGGAGUGAGCAGAAGAGAAUGACUGUUUUGCGUGGAGCAUCAUCGUGUGACUGUUGACCUGGACAGUCCCAAGGGCUAUGCAGAUGGACUCCAUUGGCACACGGAGGUCAGAAUGGUUUGACCUCUUCCCUGCUAUUAUCCCUCCUCCCAACUGUACAGAUUUGUUUGUUGUAGUUUAUGUACUUCUUGAUACUGUCAAAAAAUUAUCUGGAAAUGGUUUUAUUUUGUGAAGUGAACAAUACUUUGUAAUUUAUGAUAGUGUAAAUGGAAGGCAAAGCAUCACACGUAUUAAAUUCUUCUGUCUAUUA